AUUGGUCGCCUAUCAAUGUCAGAUCAGGGAAAUACUGUUAAAGAAUGUGUUGUUCAUCAGUCAGGUUUAAAGCAAUUUUAAAAUUGAUCGCUGAUUAAUGUAAACAUAGCUCUUUUUUUUUUUUUUAAAGCAUUGUCCUGUCGCUACUUUUGCCUUUGUGUCAGUCAGGUCAAUCUUGUUUGUGUUUAGUGGUAAGCAAAGAUGGACGGCAGCGCCGAUGACUCGACUACAGAGGAAGGAGAGUGGCAGGAUGAGCCGCCGACUCCACAACAAGCUCCAGACAGGGUGGUGAUCAAGCAAGAACAUGAGCACACAGCCACACCAGAGAAGCCAGCGCAUCGCAAAAUCCUCAAUGAGGCGGACAAGCUUGACGUUUAUGAAAUCGACGAGACUGCGGACGAGAGCCACAGCACUUCGUUGGAGUCAGUGAACUGCCACUCAAGUUUGGGACGAGACGCCGCCAUGUCGGAGGGCAUUGCCAACCAGCAAUUCUACAAAUAUUUCCACGCUGGACAGAUGAUCAUACAAGCUGCCACUGGAGACAUCCCUGCCUGCCAGUUGCGCUCACCCACGACGGGCCUGAGCAUUGUGAUGGCGGCGACCUCACCUGGCCCCACGCACAGCCCGCUGCCACACCACACUGAAGAAGUCACCCGCAAGAGGGAGGUUCGGCUAAUGAAGAACAGAGAGGCUGCGCGGGAAUGCCGACGAAAAAAGAAGGAGUACGUUAAGUGUCUGGAAAACCGCGUUGCCGUGCUGGAGAACCAAAACAAGACGUUGAUUGAGGAGCUCAAGGCCCUCAAGGACAUUUACUGCCACAAGGGGGAGUAAGACCGACUAAUACUCGCCCCCUUUUUCCACACCACUCAAACCCCCUUCGCCCAUGUCCCAGGGACGCCCGUUCUGAUUUGGACUCUGCUCCUAGGAUCGGGAAGAAACGCGCUUGUGGCAUGUUGGCUUUAAUUCCUGACGGUUUUUGUCGAACUAGCGUGCGCUAACCUGCAUGACUUUGUUUCCUGGCCUAUAAAUCAGACGUUCGGGAGGGGGGGUUAUCGAUUUGAUUAGGUCCAGAAGCCAUGAAUAAUUUUGCUACUGGACAACAACAUAAAGAAGCUCACUGACUGCCAGUAACAGGGAUAGAUGCCCAAUCCAUUUUGACUGGGAGAUUCCAUCAGUGGCAGCCAAUGAGUUAAAAACCACGGGUUGCCAUAGAAACAGCAAAGCUAUUCUCUGAAGCUAAAGAUGCUAAGCUUAACACUGCUAAAUGCUAACAAAGGUGGUCUGUUUUGUCACAAAGUGUCGUAUUUGUGUACGAGAACCCGCAACCACGCUGCAAUAGCAUUAGCACUGGCCAAGGUGAGAGUUAUCAUGUCAACAGUAAUGCAGUAAAAAUACUCCCAGCAAUUUUGCUUUAUUUAAAAAAAAUUUUUUUUUUUUUUUUAGUUCAAUUGUUAGAAAUGUUACAUUCAUGAAUCCGCAGAGGAGUAUUAUUUUUUACUUCAGAGCUCAGCAAUCUGCUGAGUGACUGCACAUCUAAGCACAAUUCAAUCAAAACCUGUCAGUAACCAACGUCGAGACCGUUCAUGUGCUUUUACAGGCUUUGGUGUCAUAUAUUCCAGAUUUUGAAGUUCACUUGCUACAUAAUGUUCAUUCUAAAUUCAAAGCACAAUCAUACAAAGCCGGUCAGUUAAUUAUUUGUAUUUUUAUUUUGGAAAGAUCAUUCAAUGCCUCUUUAAAACAUGAGUUCCAAUUGUCCUUUUUCUGUAUUUCAUUGUGAUGUAAAUAAAGUAUUUUUGUGGUUACAAGGCAUCACUGUGGGUUUGUGUG